AUGAAGAGAGAGGCGGCACGGAGUGUCCAGAGAUCAUUUAAGAAACAAAUUGGGGAGACCUGUCAGCAUUUUUCUCGCCUACAGCCCUGGAUGAAUGACACUGAGGACUUCCCAUUCCUAGAUUCUGCACUGCAGAAGCAGGCAAUGGAUACGAAGAAAAGGAAGAAUUUGAAGAAAAAAGUGGAGUGGAAGAAGGAGAAGCAGCAGAAGCUCAUGGAAAAGUCAGAAGACCCAGAGCAGUCAGGUGCCGAGCACCCAGCCUCACUGCGGCAGUGCCUGGGGCCUGACUGUGUGCACCCCACCCGGCCAGGCUCCAAGUACUGCUCGGAUGACUGUGGCAUGAAGCUGGCAGCUGCCCGCAUCUAUGCGAUCCUGCCCAAGCGCAUCCAGCAGUGGCAGAAGAGCCCUUGCAUUGCUGAGGAGCAUGGCAAGAAAAUGCUCGAGCGCAUCCACCGUGAGCAGCAGGACACCCACACCCGCCUGAAGGACUUAGAGUGCCAUUUCCAUGAACUUGAGGCCAUCAUUCAGCGUGGCAAGCAGCAGGCUGUGUGCAAAGAUGAAGAGAGUGACAAGCAUGGCAGGAACAGCGUCAACCUGCAGAUCUUCUGUGUCUCCUGCGGGCAACCCAUCAAUACGCAGGUUGCCCUGCGCCACAUGGAGCGCUGCUUCGCCAAGUAUGAGCACAAAUCGCCCUUCACGUCCAUGUACCCCACUCGCAUUGAGGGAACCGCAAGGCUCUUCUGUGAUGUUUACGACCCACGGAGUAAGAGUUACUGUAAGCGACUCCAGGUGUUAUGCCCUGAGCACUCGAAGGACCCCAAGGUACCGGAUGAAGAAGUGUGCGGUUGCCCACUAGUGAAAAACGUCUUUGAGCCCACCGGUAAUUUCUGUUGCCUCCCCAAACGCUUGUGCAAUCACCACUACUGCUGGGAGAAGCUGAGACGUGCCGAGGUGGACCUAGAGCGCGUGCGCAUGUUGCUCAAGCUGGAAGAGCUGGUUGAGCAGGAGCACAAGGUGCGCACAGCCAUGAAGAAUCGGGCAGGGCUGCUGGCCCUGAUGCUUCAUCAGACAACCCAGCAUGACCCGCUCACCACUGACCUACGCUCCAGAGUAGACAGCUGAGCUCUGCUCAGCUGAGGUCCUGUACUCAACACCCUGUGCAAGGGAGACACUCUACGAAUUCCUCACACACCUGUUCCUCUAACAUCUUUCUCAGGGCAUCUCAGAGUUUCUCUGCGCUUCUCUGUUCCCCAUUUAGUCUCCUGUCUCGGUCUACGCCUCCUUGAGGUGGGGUGGUCCUCAAAAUCCCCCUCUUUCUGUCCGUUCCUGUAUCCUCCGUCUCUUUCUUUCCUGAAUCUGGGCCAGGAGAUCUGCCCUGCCCUCAUCUCCCACCAUCCAGAGUUUUGUUUAAAAACUUUAGAACAAGAGAUUUUAAUAUCCUCUGGUGGCCCCUAAGCCGUUCUCUCUGGCCACAAACCCAAUUCCGAACCUCCAGUGGUGGUGGGUGACAGUGCAGCUUUACUUGGGGGGUGGGCUACAGUGCACGUUUGGGGGUGCCUGUGAUGCCCACUGUGCUCGGUGCAUCCUCUUCUGUCAACGGAGAUGUGAUCUUAUGAAGGGAAUGCCAGUGACUCUUGUUCUCCUAAGUCCCCCAUCCCAGUCCAUCAAAUAUGUAGUUGGCACCUGAUCAGUGUCCCUUGACCAACUUCUGUAUAAUUGUUAAUAUUCCCCAGGCCAGAGGUGCUGGGGAAACGUUGCAAUGGAGGGAAUAGGUGAGUGUGGGAUAGUCCUCCUUGGUGAUUCCACUUUGGGACACUGAGGAGAGUUCAGGGUGUCAUAGCAAUUAUGUCCCUGCCCCCACUCACCUUGUUCCACCCUUUACCAUACCACGAGGUCCUGGCCUUUUCUGUCAGCCUUGGCCCCUGCCAGUCCAGUCCUGGUCUAUCUGUCUCCCCCACAAACCUGCCCAUCCUGUCCUGUCCUCCUCCUCCCACUACCCUGCCCUGGGUCUGCCCUUUCCAGCUGGCUCUGCCCAUUUCAAGCCUAUAGGGUUGCCGGAAGAGGACUGGGACCUCUGCCACAUCUGCCUUUGCCAGCCCCAGCCAGGCCUCCUGUGCCAGUAGAGGUGUGUCAAGCAGUGCUGCCUGUGGGUACUGGUAUGUCUCAAAUGAUGGACUUGAACUACUCUUCCUAUUCUUUUUAUAUUCACGGGCCCCUUAGGGAUAUUUUCAUUAAUUUUCACUGUUACAUUUUUACUCGGGGACUCACAUAUUUCACCUAAAUGUUUAAGUAUGUUGCUCUAGACUUAUAUCUCAUAUUCCACGAUAACUAGUAUAUUAGUUCUCUAAUGCACUACGUAUCUGGUGCAAUAUCUCCUUUUUUAUUACUAGUAUUGUAUUUUUUUUCUUUUAAACUUCAUCAGAUUUUCCAGGAGCUGAGCCAUAUAGUCAAUUAUUAGAAAGGCUUACCUUUUUGUUUUAUUUAUACUCCCUAAAUUUAUAUUUAUGUACUUAAGCUUUUACUAUAUACUUAAGCUUUAUGUACUUAAGCUUUUAUUAACUGCCACCUUGAUUUUUUUGUUUUGUGUUUCAUUUUUCUAUGUGUUUCCUUCAUUUUGUUCUUUUUCUACCUUCUUGAGUCAAAUUCCUAACGGUUAUUUUUUGGUUUCCCAGUCUUUUUUUUAAUAGUAAAGGAUUUGAGACUCUACACUUUUUUCUAAAUGUAGCUGUGUCUCAUAAACUCUGGUGUGAAAGGUGCAACUUCAGAAUUGAUUUCUCACUUUGAUCCUAGCUAUUGAGGAACGUUUCUUAGUUUCUAACUGGUUAAAGUAGUUUGGUUAUCUUUUCUUUCUUUCUUUGUAAUUAUGGUUUUACUGUGAUCAGAGAAUGUAGCCUGUUGAAUCUGAACUUGUAAACAUUACUCAAGAUUUUCUCUGUGGGCCAGAUUACUCAAUUGAAUUUUGUAAAACUUUCAUGGAUAUAAGAGAAGAAACUAUAUUCUCGGUUAGGUACAGAUUACUCAUUAGGACUUUUCAAUCUAGUUUGAGGAUUAACAUUUCUUUACUCUGAUUUUUUGUCUUUUUGUCUACUCCAUCUGUUAUAUUAUCAAAAGAUAGAAUAAAUGUUAUAUUUUAAAACAAAUUUCUCCUUAUAGUUCUGUUUUUGGCAGGUGGGUGGGGGGAUCCUAAAGUAUAUAUCUUUGGCCAUUUUUCACAAUGCCACUAUGUGUUUUCUUUGUUUUGCUUGUUGAGUCCUUUUGACCUUGAAUUUACUUUGGUAAGUACAUCAUCACUGCUGCUUUUAUUUUGCUGCCACUAAUCUGGUGUGUCUUUGGCUAAACCUUUAUUUUGCAUUUGUCUCUUUGUUUAAGAUAUACUUCUUUUAACUGCAUAUAAGAGUAUUUUUUGCUCUAAUCCCACAUUUGUGUCUUGAGAUUCAGUCCAUUUAAAUUUGUAUAAUGAUGAUAACCUU